AUGAUGCACGCUGGUGCGCGUCCAUAUUCGUGUUCAGAGUGUGGGAAAUCUUUCACUAAGAAAAGCCACCUUGUUAGGCACCAGAGAAUUCACAUGGAUUGA